GUAUGAGAGAGAGAGAGAGAGGGAGCAUCAAGUCGCCAGGACAAGCUCUACUGUCAACGCUGUUAAGGUAGGAGCGCAAGCAGCGGGUAAAGGCCACAUUCCGCGUAAAAUAAUGGAUGGGACAAAGCCGGUCAUGGAGUCCAAUGCUGAGGAGACUCAGGACGAGGGACAGGAGAGCAAAGGAUGUUUCGAGUGCUGCAUCAAGUGUUUGGGCGGGGUGCCCUAUGCCUCGCUGGUGGCCACCAUCCUCUGCUUUUUAGGUGUGUCCCUGUUUUGCGGCUGUGGGCAUGUUGCGCUUACAAGCACACUGACCAUGUUGGAGAACCAUUUCUCUACGAUCACCACUGACCACGCCACCCUCGCUGCAGUGAUCCAGAUCUUUCAGUAUAUCAUUUACGGCAUCGCCUCUUUCUUCUUGGUCUACGCCAUCCUCCUGCUGGGGGAGGGCUUUUACACCACAAGCACCAUCAAGAAGGAGCUGCAGAGUGACUUUAAGACAACUAUCUGCGGACGUUGCAUCACUGCCUUUUUCAUGUUCCUGACCUACGUCUUCACUCUGGCUUUCAUCGCCAUCUUCUGCUUCACGACGAUUCCGGUUUUCCUCUUCUUUAACAUGUCGAAUACCUGCGCUGCCAUGAAAUCUCCGGACUCCAACAUCACGUCUCCUGACUCCAUCUGUGUGGAUGUCAGGCAAUACGGCAUUAUUCCCUUGAACGCAACACCUGGGAAAGCUUGCGGAAACACGCUGACAGAUAUUUGCAUUACCAGCGAGUUCUACCUGUCCUUCCACCUCUACAUCGUGGCGUUAGCCGGUGCCGGAGCCACCGUCAUUGCAUUGAUCCACUAUUUGAUGAUUUUAGCGGCUAAUUGGGCCUAUCUGAAGACUGCAGCUUCCACGCACGACUACCAGGACAUCAAGACCAAGGAUGACCAGGACCUGGAGGCCGAGGCGCGCUCCAAGGAUGGCCAGAACUCCUCCUCCUACUCUUAAGGACAAAGCGUCCUCUUUUGCCAUUGUUCAUCUUUUCUCCAAAUCUUAAACCCAUCCUGCAACAACCUAGUGCCCACCCCCCUUCCCCCUUCCGACAAAACAAACCACCUCGGUCAUGUUCGGCAGCCCCCAAAUCUCCUGAUUCUCCAUCCUCUUCGCUUUACCCAGAUGUUUUUUUUUUGUUCUGCUCGGAGACGCAGAGUGCGUUCUCACACUUAAGGGGAAGAGGAUAGAGGGUCAGGAGGAGCGGCAGGCCCAGACGGAGGCGGGUGCUUCAGAACGGCAAAGCUCGCCCCGCGCCGGGGGGUCGAGCUCAGGUACAGUACAUCGGUUUUUAGAAGCGCCUCUUCCUCCCCCUCCCUGUGCUUUUGGGCGGCGGCUCGUGAACGUGGCCCGGCUGUGAUGGCCUCGCGCCCUGAGCCAGCACAGCCUCUCAAACACAUAGCUCGUAUAGAAAAGAAAAAAAAAAAAGAAUAAAAAAAAAAGAAAAACAAUGUUCACUGUGUGCUUCAAUCACUGGGAAGCACCACAGCAACCAAGCUCUUCUGUUUUUUGGUGUUUUAUAUGCAUAUAUAUAUAUAUAUGAAUAUGAAUAUAUUGUGCGAAUGUGUGUGAAUGUUGUUCUUUUUUUUAAUACUCUGAAAAAGUAUGCCAGGUAUUGUUACAAUCCCUAUGGAUUUUUUUUGGGCUCAUAGGUUUUUUCUCUUUUCUCCUUCAAGUUUUUUUUUUUUUUUUUCCCUCACCUUUGACUUUUUAUUGCUUUUGCUCCCAACGUUAUUGCACUAUUCAAAAAUGAAUAAAUGGGGGAGACUAUGAUCCCUUCAACAAAAUAAACCCUCCUUUUUUUUCCCCCCUCCAAGAAUGAAUAAUUCAAAGAAUGAAUAAAUAAGGUAAUACCUCGAUGAUUACUCUUCCUUUGCAUAAUUAUAUUUUACCUCUAACUUUCUUUUAGGAGUUUAGAAAAAUGUGUUAGUUUGCUCCCACGUCAUGCAUUAGAUGCUUUUUUGCUAGGAGGUCAUAGAAAUCCUCAUAUCCAAAUGUGCAAGAAUCCAAGUAACCACACCAAAUGUUACUGAAGACUUUCCAAGUUUUUCUUAUCUUUUUGCUACAUUUAUCACCAGCUGAAAUAAAAGUCAAUGACAGCGCCCUCUACAGUUACUUGCACCAGUGGUUGAAAUGCGUGAAAUAUCUUAAACAAGACAUUUAUAUAGUAGUCAAACACUAUUGUAUGGUGGUGGCAGCAUCAUGCUGUGGGGACGAAGUUCCUCCAGUCAUAGAAAGCUAGCGUUGGUAGGUGGAUCUAGGGCAAUCCUGGAAGACUUCUCGGUUCUAAUUUAACCCAGAUAUUAGAUUUUAUAUACCAUUUCGUUGUCACUGUUUCAAAGUGGACAAAAAAAAAAAAACACAGUUCUUGUUCAAAUUCAGUUUUAAUUAAUUUAGCUUUUAACCAGGAGCUAUUUUUAUUUGUUGCCAUUUUAGGAUUGAUGAAAAAACUCAACACAUAGCUAAUUUAAUUAAAUGAUAGUUUCAGAUGUCUUCAAUAUUUAAAAGAGUGCCUAACACAAACAGGCAUCGUUGUCACGGCUUAUUUUUAAUGUUCAAAAUGUCAUUUACCAGUAAUUUGGGACCCGUAGAAGUAUAUUGUGACCAAAGUAGAACAUUACAUUUUAAGAACUGUUCCCCCCCCUCUCCUUCUGUGGCUUAACAGAAAAUGUUUGUUAGC